UGCGCAGAACGCGUUGCCUGACAGUGGUAAACAGACGUCAGAAGGGAGUCUUCGCCUCGAGUCAAAACAAAACAAGUCAAAAAGGUACUGAAGAAUUGAGUAUUUGGACAGCCGCGACUACUGUAAGUUUGUGGAGACUCGUAUCGUUUUAGAAACGGCUACUUGGAGGAAGUUCUCGGAGGCUUUUCACGGACUUUUCCACGGAUUGUGAACUCUGGAGUAGCAGGAGCUUAACCCAGCUAACGUUACGGUGGCUAUCGUGCAGUUCUCAAAGUGCGGCGGGUGGGAGCCGACAGACCUCCGAGGCGACCCAACUUCACCCAACACCCGGGGAUUCACUUCGUAGUCGGUUCACCGAAGAAGAUCUGAGCUCCGGGCCUCGGUCGAGAGGGUUUUAAUAAUAAUAACCGAGUCUUCGAGCAUCGUGUGCCGCGGCAAGAGUGGAGAAACAUGGCAGAUGGUGACAUGCGCCUGGCCGCAAUGUGGCGGAUCGUGCAAACCUGAAGCAAGGACUUCUCGUGCGCACGUUUCUCCCAUCUUCCCACUUUUAUUGAUUUAAAGAAACACCUUUGAUCAUUUCUUAAAACCGCUCGUGAUUUCUUCACCCAACGCUCGCGCAUUUCUCUGGUUGUUUAGUCACAGCGGCUUUAAUUUAAGGCCAAAAAGACGACGGACACUUUUUAAACACUUUUUUUUUUUUUUUAAUUCCUUUGCCGGAAUAAUCAUUCGUCAUGUGUUUUUACACUUCACUUAACUUUUAACCGGACAGUUUUUUUGUGAGAGUUUUUAAAUUUAUUUUUUGUAGGUGUGUGUGUAGGAUUGUUGGCUCGUGGAGCGCUCAGACAUCACGUUGUUUACAAGUGGAGACGGACUGGUGCUCAGAAGAUCCUUUGUAACAGUAGCCAGAUAAUCCCUGUUUGUAGUCCUCAUAGCCUUACAGUAAAAACAAAUGUAUGUAUAAGGACAUAUACAUGCAAUUUAAAAAAAUUUUUUACGAAUUUAUCCUUAAUUUUGAUUUAUUCCUAAAGGUUUAUUUUAUGAGAGGUUUAAACUAUACUUUUUAUUUUAUUUACAAUUUUCAGAUAUUUAAAUCGAGUGUUUAUUGACUGAUGUCAUUAUUUUGUAUCUGUAUACCUUUAAAAUUUAGGUAGGCCUUUUCAAUUUCAGGUGAGCCCAAAAACCUCUGUAGAUCCAGAUGUUUUGGUGCUCAUUGCCACUCUGACACUUUUGUUUUUGUUUCAUUCAAACAAAGGGACUCUCAUCCCAGCCAUCCUUCAUUCUAUAUAAAUCGGAAGGUUUAUGAUAGUUACUAUUAAGGAGAUUAUUUGGGUUCCCUAAUCUCCAAUCUGAGGAUUAACGGAGGCUAUUGGUGUGUCCAGAUUACGCCUCUUCAACCGGCCCCUCUGUUUACACCCCCGCAGUGGCUCAAGCAUAUUGUUCUUGUGUCAGGGAAGUUUUUUUUAACUCAUCUUCCACUCUUUUACUUUGAGAGGUAGAUGUGUUAAGUGCUAUCAUCUUUUUUUUUUGGGUUGAGUGGAAGUUCAGAGGACCGCCAUGGAGGAGUCCUCGGUGCCCCCCAUUGACCCAGAUUUCGAGCCGCAGAGCAGACCCCGCUCCUGCACGUGGCCGCUGCCGAGGCCCGACAUCUCGGCUGUCAAACCGGAGGGGGCGGACGGCUCCGAGUCCGUCGCCGGGACCCCACCCGCGGACGAGGACAAGCCCGAGCCACAGCAAAUCACUUCCGAGCCCGAGAAGGCUGCGGCGGGCGCCGAGGGAGGGGUCGCGGCCGGCGGGGGCGGAGCGACGCCCCGCAAAGGAUCGUCCCGGCGCAACGCGUGGGGGAACCAGAGCUACGCAGAUCUGAUUAGCCAGGCCAUCGAUAACUCACCUGAGAAGAGGUUAACCCUGGCACAGAUCUACGAGUGGAUGGUGAAAACAGUGCCUUACUUCAGAGACAAAGGAGACAGCAACAGCUCAGCGGGCUGGAAGAAUUCAAUCCGCCACAAUUUAUCACUCCACAACAAGUUCUUGAGGGUCCACAAUGAAUCGACAGGCAAGAGCUCCUGGUGGAUGCUCAACCCAGAAGGAGGGAAGACCGGGAAGGCUCCUCGCCGCCGGGCCGCCUCCAUGGACAACAGCAGCAAACUGCUGAAGAGCCGCAUGAGGGCCAAGCAGACUAAGAAGCAGGCGGGAGCAGCCGGCCUGGGGGGCGCUGGAGGGGCGCUGCAGGGCGACGGCAGCACAGGUUCAGCCGGGGCAGACAGCUCGAAUUCGUCCCAGCAGUUCCCCAAAUGGGGGGUUAACAACAGCAGCCCGUCGUCCCGCGGCAGCUUGGAUGACGCCGACAUGUGGACCACCUUCCGGCCGCGCACCAGCUCCAACGCCAGCACCCUGAGCGGACGUCUGUCCCCCAUCGCUCCUGGACAGGAGGACGAUGACAACCUGCCCGAGGAUGGAAUGCUGGGAAGAUACACGGCCAGCAGCUUGACCCCCACCCUCACCGAGACCCUGAUGGAGGAGCUGGACCUGAUCGACGGCCUCACAUUGAUGACUGGGCAGCAGGGAGGGGCCAGUCCCAGCACAGCCCCACCAGCACCUCCCACUCCGCUGCCCUCCGCCUCCACCCUGCUGCCCCGGGGCUCCAGCUUCUCCUCCUUCCAUCAGUUGCAACCAUCCAGCCUCCCGCAGGCCCCAAAUCACACCGGGACCCAGGCCUCUGUCUCUCAGUGUGGAAUGAACAGUAAAGAGCCGUCAACCUUCAGCAACUCCCUCUUCAACCCCAUGUCCAGCUCCGGCUCUCGUGGGGGCGGCCAUUACACCCACGUGCCUUCCAGCCUGGAGGCGCUGCUCACCUCCGACUCCCCUCCUCCCAGUGAUGUCAUGAUGACUCAGGUGGAUCCCCUCAUGCCCAGUCCUGGAGGGGUGGGCCUGAUGGGCAUGGGCACAUCCGUGGUGGGUGUGAGGUCCAAACCCAACCAGCUGCUGUUGGCUAAAGGGCUGGAGCCCAACACAGUGGCCCCCAUGGUGCUGCAUGCUCAUAUGCAGCAGCGUCACCUUCACCAGCAGCAGCAGCAACAACAACUACAGCCACAACAACAACACCAACACCAGCACCACUCUCAGAUGGGUUUGGGGAUGAUCCUCUCAAGUAUGUCUCAAGACCCGUCACAGCUCUCGGCUCUCAAAGCCCAUCAUGCCGCGGUGCCAGCGGUGGGCUCUCAUCACGGAGGGCCCGUCGGCUCAGCCAAUCCCGGCAUGAGCCUGCUGGGGAUGAGUCAGUUCGGAGCUCCGUCCUGCUUCCCGACCGGUCACGACCGACUGCCCACAGACUUGGACAUGGACAUGUUCACCGAAAACCUGGAUUGCGACGUGGACUACAUCAUCAACAGUGACCUCAUGGACGGAGACGGCAUCGACUUCAACUUUGACCCCAUACUGCCUGGAGGCCAAGGCUGCGCCGGCCCGGCCACCACGCAGGGCUCCGCUCAGAGCUGGGUGCCCAGCUAAGUCCUCAGCUGACCACUCGGAGGUAGCCAGGAACUAUUCUCCAAUCAAGAAGACCUCACAAAAUGACCGGUGCAUUCCUCCUCCCUGCGGCCUGAAGAUACUGUCUUCAAAUCCGACGCUUCUCUCGGACCUUUAACCCCCGUGUCAUGUGCCAAGACAUGCGGAGGGCAGGGAGGUGCUUCGGGCUACUAUGCACAAUAUUUCUCCUUUUUUUUUUUUUUUUUGGAACAUAUAACACUUGCAAACAAUUAGGCUGCUCUGCGUUUUUUUUUUUUCUUGUAAUCCAAACUGAUGAUGUCUCAAAGACGUGUGUGACUUGGUGUUUUUAAGAGUGAAAAGACAAAUCGUUAACUCCCCUCUGCUGGGAGUUUUUAUUUCAGUUACGUUGCACCACAAUAGCUUCAGGUUGGAAACGGUACACGACGGCUUUGGUGUUGAAGGCUUGAUGGAAUGUGUGUGUUUUUUUUGGGAGAAGUGGCCAGUUUUCCAGCAUAACCUGCCAGACGGAGCGCUGUCUGAGUGGCAGUUACUCUGCUGCGCCGUGGACACGGUUCACCGUGAACAGGUGGAGGACGAAAGACUCGACGACCGGAGGUAUAAAAGGCUCGAUUCAACAAUUGCUACACAUCUCGCACAAUUGUGGACUACGAUUAUAUGCACGAUUUUUUUAAUUUCUCACUUCAGAGAAAGAAAAGAUGAUUUUUUUUUUCUCCAAUGAAAUUUGGUGAUUGAGCAGUUAAGAGAGUCUGUAUUUUCAGUUUGAUCAAUCCAGUGUGUUAUGGUAGAUGUCAGUUAGAGGGUGUGUGUUUUUACUUUUUACAUCCCUGAUGUGCAGUCAAACUAACAAAAUGAAGAAAUGUAACUUGUGAAUUCAUACACGGGGCAUUCAAGGGUGAAUUUAUUUGCCAACAAGUGAUUGGUUGGCCAAGUAUUAUAUUGUUUCAGACAGCGGCCUCCACUGUCACAUGGUCGAACUGAUCAUUUCUUCCUCCUUUUUGUUGUUAUUGAGCCUGUGCAUUUUCAAAGCACUUAGGUUUCCUGCGACACAGGGACCCCAAACCUAGAAGACACAUUAGGUUGUACCAUUUCAUUAAGAGUUUAAAUCCUGUAAAAAAGGAAAAAUGUAAAAGCCAUGGUUGCACAUGUACACAAUGUCACGCUACGCAGAUUUAUCGGGAGAACUAAAUGAGAUCUUGAAGGAAAUUUGAAAAAUCACUUCUUGAAGGGUUUUGUUAUUUAACAUUUUCCUGAUAUUUUGAUAUGGGGGGGGGGGGGCUUCAUGUCAAAAAUAUUCGCUCACACUUUAAUUAUUCAGUUCAAGAAAUGAAUUCUCUGUGAGUACAAAAGAAGAAUAUAUUUGAUUAUAGUUUUAAUAUACAAUUUAGAUGGAAGUAAUAAACGAGAUAUUAAUACAUAUGAAUAUAUUACUAAUGACAAGUGUUUUUUUACAUUGGAGGAAGCAUUCUCUGAUAAUUUUUAACGGUAAUUUUCUAUACUUGUAUUUUUGUAAAGGAUGAGAUGCAUGUAGAUUUUUUUUUUUACGUAACCAAAGGAACACUAAUAUUUGCGUUUGCAUGGCGUUUAGGGAGCGCUUGGGCCUGACACGGUGUCUCGUGUGUACAUAAGCUUUGCAGAAGAUGCCUGUAACGUGAUAUCUGACUUUGAGAGUGGAGUGAGGCAUCAAUACUUGACCAUUUUAACUAAAAUUCCCAAUGAUCUGCCUCUUUUUUUUUGCAUUAAUUGUGAAUCCAAUUAAAUAAAAAUAAAAAACGUGGCAUGAUGAAAAGAAAACACCUUUUAUCGUCCCACUUUUCAACAUGCCGUCGCAUUCUCAUCUCAAAACGAGACUAAUACAACCGUUACCUCUCAGCGGGAAAACAACAGGAAGACAACUCUGCACAGAUGUCAUCAGAUCGGGUGACAAUAAGCAAAAUGAAUAUUUAUUCUACACAUUUUUCUCUGUUACAACAGACUGGAAUCCAUCACACCACGUCUGUGUGUUUUCUUGGAGGAGGUUCUGUCUUAAAAAGAGUUGACCUCAAAUUUGACUUCCCUUUUUGUUUUGUUUUUAGAGAAAUGUAUUGUAGCUCUCCAGCCAUGUAUAUCAUUUCUAUACUAUUCCUUGGGUUUUAUUUUGACUGCCAAUAUUUAAAACACUAUAGCAUGACUUUAUUCUGUCCUCUUCCCCCUUAAAUUCUAUGUUUUGUGUUCGUAUUUAAUUACUUUUGUUCAUAACUGUCAACGUUUUGUGAUCAGAAAUAACAUCCCAGCAGUUUAAACUCUUUCAUUAUGUCACUGUAACUACGUGAAUAUGGUAGUCUCUGGUUUUUAUAAGCACUCUUUUUUUUUUUUUACUUUUCUAAUGGUGCUAGAUGUCAUUUCUGACGUUUCCUGCAUGAUGCUACGGGUGCAUAUCAGGGCCUUUUUGAAUUUUAUGUAUCCAGCACAGGGAUGUUGAUAUGGUGCCAUGUUAGAAGUUAGCACACGAUCAAGUCUUUCCCCAUUUUUGGUUUAUUUUUUUAUAUAUAUAUAUAUAUAUAUAUAUAAAAACCACUGAACGGGUCAUUAAGUAGAUCUGGAAACAGAAGACCAGCUUCUUCAAACUGCAUGAUGUUAUUUUAAAUAACAUUUAAUUAGUUUAGAAAGUUGUAUAUGCAACAACUCCCCCAGUUUCUCUGAACUAAUGCAGGUGUUGGAAAUGUUAACAUUUUAAAAGGAGGGACUGCAGCAUGUAAAAGGAGCGGCAGCUGGUCGGAUGUCUCUAGUUUACUGGGCAGGUGUGGUGUGUGCUUGUAUUCCCCCUCUAUGUAAUAGUCAUUUUUUUUCUUCAGUUCUCUUUAAGUAGCAGUUAGUCCAUGUAGGUUUGGAAUUUAAAAAUGCCCCAUUUGAUACAGUAUGUUAGUAUUCAGCAAGGGUUUUUCUUUCAUAGGGAGGGUUGGGUGGACAGGGAAUGAGUUGUGCAUAAGCCAAUUAUGUUUAUGAGUUUUGAUUAAUGUUGAUAGUUUUUAAGCUGCCCCCCCCCCCAAAAAAAAAAAAAAUCAGUCUCUUUAAAAAUUGUAAAGUCAGCCAGAGAUGACAAACAGUUCUGAAAAGCAGAAAUAAAUUCAAUAAAAACUGUUUAACCCA